UUCAUUUUUCUGCAUGUGUUGUGCAGACCUGCAGCCCCUCAGCUGAAACGGAUGUGACUGGAUUCCACUCCAUAUUUUGUGUCCCGCUUUGCCUUGCCAGUAUAUCUAAUGUGAACACAGAGCGCUUCCCCUCCACACAGCAUUUCCACUUCAACACAGCAGCGACCAGAGAGGCUUCGUCUGCUGAGUGAAGUUGAGUCAACGCGCCGGGAAACGCACCGCCUUGCCUGGAUUCAUGUGGCACCUCCAAUGCGCGCUGUCCUCUUUUCUGCGGCGCCGGGAAGACUUCUAAUCAUUCUCGGCUGUCCUUUGGGGGAAUGUGUUUGUAGUCACUAAUAGUUGAGUUGCAACCAUUAAACGCCCAGUUAAUAAAUACCUGCGGAUUUACUGCAGGGGAGUUUUUUUUUUUUUUUUUUUUUUAACCAGCACACGGGAUACUGCAGAGAACCCUAAACAAUAAGGAUCUCCACAGAAGUGAACAAUGCUCAGACUAGAGACUAUCAUUUGCACUUUCUCUGUGCUGUCUGUUGCAGCGAGGGCAGAUUUUAAGGCACGGAAUUGCAGCGAGGUGAGGGAGGCUUGUGUCGGGAAAGGCUUCAGCUUCGCACAUGUUCCUCUUCAGGAGAUCCCAGGUGAACAUCUUCGUGUAUGUCCUCAGGGAAACACAUGUUGCACCCAGGAAAUGGAGGACAGAUUUGGCCAACAGAGCAAACAAGACUUUGAGAAUCUCGUUGAUGAAAUGAGUCAUGAAUUGAGGACUACCUUUGUUUCCAGACAUAAAAGAUUUGAUGAAUUCUUCCUGGAGCUACUGGAGAACACAGAGAGAUCCCUGAAUGAGAUGUUUGUGAGGACUUACGGCAAGCCUUACAUGCAGAACUCGGAGGUCUUUGAGAACCUGUUCGCCGAGCUGAAGCGCUAUUACACGGGAGGAAAUGUUAACCUGGAGGAAAUGCUUAAUGACUUUUGGUCGCGGCUGCUGGAGCGUAUGUUCACGCUGCUCAACUCCCAGUACGUUAUUACUGAGGACUAUCUGGAGUGUAUCAGUAAGUACACCGACCAGCUCAAGCCCUUUGGAGACGUGCCCAGGAAGCUCAAGGCUCAGGUUACCCGGGCAUUCAUCGCUGCACGCACAUUUGUCCAAGGGCUCUCUGUAGGCCGGGAGGUGGCCCAGAGAGUGUCUAAGGUAAGCAGCACUCCAGCAUGUAUCCGAGCAAUGACAAAGAUGCUGUACUGCCCGUUUUGUCAGGGCAUGCCAUCGGUUAAACCCUGUAAGAACUACUGCCUCAAUGUCAUGAAGGGCUGUCUGGCCAACCAAGCCGAUCUGGAUCCAGAGUGGAACCUUUACAUCGAUGCUAUGCUGCUGGUGGCACAGAGGCUGGAAGGACCUUUCAACAUUGAAUCUGUCAUGGAGCCUAUUGAUGUCAAGAUUUCAGAGGCCAUCAUGAAUAUGCAAGAUAACAGUGCCCAGGUCUCCUACAGGGUUUUUCAAGGCUGUGGCCAGCCAAAACCCGCAGGAAUGACUAGGUCUACCCGUGGUGUUUCGGAUGUGUUCAACGCUCGCUUCAGGCCAUACAGCCCAGAGGAGCGGCCUACCACUGCAGCUGGCACAAGCCUAGACAGACUGAGGAUUGUUUGGAAUGCGAUGCAACACAGUGUUCUUGACAUAAAAGAGAAACUGAAGCUUUCGAAGAAAUUUUGGUCCAACCUGCCUGAGGCGAUGUGCGUGGAGGACAGAGUGACCGCUGGAAAUGCCAGUGAUGACGAGUGCUGGAAUGGACACACCAAGGGCAGGUACUUCCCUGAAGUUCAAAAGGAUGGAUUGACCAACCAGGUGAAUAACCCAGAGGUGGGUGUGGACAUCACCCGCCCAGACACCUUCAUCCGUCAGCAGAUCAUGGCUCUGAGGGUAAUGACCAACAAGUUGAAAAAUGCUUACAACGGCAACGAUAUCUACUUUCAGGACACAAGCGAUGAAGGCAGCAGUGAAGGCAGUGGCAGCGGCUGCACAGAGAUCAGCCCCACAGACAUGGACGGUGCUGCCACUGAAGCCCCAGUGGUGGAAGCUGACCGGAGUGGGCCUGUGGAUGACUCUGCCCCGCUCCGUGCACCCUCUGUAGCCCUGCCAACCAUGCUGGCCCUCUCAGCCCUGGCACUCCACCGACAAUGGAGAUAAUGCUGGAGGAACUGGCUAAACAUGGACAGCAGGGUUUUUUCUUUUUUUCUUUUUUGCAGUUUUUGUAUUCAGGCAGACUGGAGCUACAGUCAAGCAGACAGUAUUCAGGCUGCCAGUCUCGGGGCUAGAGGAGUCUGCUCUGAAAAAAGAGAGCAGUCAAGCAUUGUGAUUUCCCACUUUCCCAAAGAUUGUGCAGUGCCAUCCUUUGACUUGAUAUUUCAUGGCAUCUCUUCACCAUCUAACGCUGAUGCCGGCCCAACAAACUCUGCUUCAGAGAUUUCUUGCACAUAUGGCAGGUAUUAAUGUAGGUCUCCAUGUGGAAAAAUAUAACACGCACUUUGAUUGUUUUGAUUUUUUUUUUUUAUGCAAAAAUUGUUUGUGUGUUGAAAAAUGUUGAGAAUGUGGUUAUUUGAUGCACCUAAAUGAGGCACAAUAAGUUUAAUAUAUGUUUAACAUUAUAUUUUGAAACAAUUACAAAUGAUAAUGAUGGAAUUCAGGAACAUGUGGUUUCCACCUAAAAUCUUAAUCCAAUCCUUGUUCCAUUGUCUUUAAAUCAAGUGCCAAUUAUUGAUUUUUGAUGAAAUGUGAUUGAACAUUCAUCAAAGUUGUCACAAAUCUAUAUUUGUUCUAAGAUCAGAUACAGCCAGUGGUGUAGUGGUGCAUGGAAAAGUAGGUAUACCCUUAAUUUACACCUCCAGUUUGUUUGUUUGCAAAAGAUAAAUACCCCUUGUAAUGAACAAUGACAUCUAAGACUCCUGCAUAUUCAGCUCACCCAAAAAAUGGGUCAGUCAUAUUUGGAAGUUGUCACUUAACUUCUGCCGCUUGAGUUCAGGAAGUAGGGAUCAUGAUGAAACCAACAUAAGCCACAGACAGAUGAGACUACAUAAUUAUGUACUACGAGUGAAGUAUUCCUUACUCCAUCCACUCAUGAAAAUUGGACGCUUUGCCAUCCAAGAAAAAGAAUUCAGCUUGCACAACACUACAGAAACAUCAGAGGGGAUUGAGCAGUGGGUAGACCCGAUGCCGACUGAAAAAUAAGUGGGUAUACAUAUACCUUGGUAUACCCUACACUACACCACUGGAUACAGCCACUGAAUCGUGUUGCUUUAUCAUGUGUUUCACAGUCAUUUCAACAAUGACGCUCGAGAAGCUUGUAGGUUAAGUAUAUCACGUGUUGGUCCUGGAUCUGCUGUGCUCCUAGCUAUCCACUGGAACUGUUCAACAGCCGCCUUGUGCUAAAACAAACAUUUUGUUAAAAGGGAUAAGAUUGACAUUUUUUAUAUACUCAUUUGCCUUGCAAACAAGUGUAUUAUCUAAAAAAAAAAUUCUCAUAUCAUGCUGGUUUCUUAGGCUUGGCUUCAGGGGUAGACAACCUGGACAGAAUUCACCUGGAGCUGUUGUUAUCACAUAGAGACAGUGCCACAAACAUAGUGCCAUCAUAGGUAUGCUGGUCCUGGUGUGUGAUCAAUGAAUUCCUACCAGAGAGGGCUUUUUUUCUUCUUUUCAUUUUGCUUUUUUAAUAAGAGCUGUUACCCAAUGUGUCUCCAUAAUCAUUUUAUAGCAUCAGUGACCUGCAUACAAAGCCUCACAGCCAAAAGAGAGACACAACUAUUAAAAAAAUCCCAAACUAUUUGAACGGUUAACAUUACAAAGCCUUAUAAAGGGAGUCCUACACCCUGGUGUGAAAACAUGACCUUGUUCUCUAUAUUGUAUAAAGGUAUAUUGCAGUAUGAAAGGGAAACCCAUUCAAUACAGAAGAUCUUUAUAAAAAUUUACAGGAAUCAGGGCCCAUAAAGACAGAACGGUCUACAAGCAUUGCCACAAAUAUCAAACAUUUUUAGAAGUUCCAGGAAUUCUGGAUGCACGUAUACAAGAACAACGUGAACAAAAAGAAACAAACAAAAAAGAAACGUUGUUUGCCACGUCUGUGUAUGUGAUUGAAUAGCCAAUGCUUAGCUUGUAACUGCUUGGAUAAAAUAAUCGUCAAAAUGUGCGUUGCGGUGUGUGAAAACCUACAAAACAGAAUUAUUGACAGUUAAAAAAAAAAAAAGUCAAGUUCACUGUCGCUAUUUCUGAAAUUUUAUUACCACAGUUAUGUAAAAGGUGAGGGGAUUUAUUAAGAGACGAAGUAGCAAACAGCACACGGUGGUUACUGGAAAUGCAAAGAAAGGGGUCCCUAAAUUUAUCUGUAAAGCUCGAAUGGUUAUGUCUGCAGCACAGACAGGCUUGAAGCCGACCACAGUCACCUGUGAAAUGAGAAUCUGUGGAGACUGGACAGGGCUGAAUGCUUCAGUGAAGCUCCUCAGUAGACCGUACUUACAGAGAAUGUGAGAGGCCUGGCAGUGCUGAGGGGGGCGGACAAAACCAGCCUGUAUGUACAUCCACUGUUCUCUGAGAGCUCGUCAGCUCCAUAACCACCAGGCCAGCUAAGCUUACAUAUCCAAGGAAUUAACCAGUGUUAUGCCCUUAGCAGUAUAUCAAUGAAUAUUUGUUAUGGUUUUCAUUAUUGCAUUUACAUCAGCGUUUGCAUCCACGUUGCAAGAAAAAAAAGAAAAUACAUCAGAUGUGUCAUUUAAAAUGAUUCUUUAUUAUGAAUAUUGAUCUUACAGGAUGCCCUUUUUAUGUUUUGUAUCAUUGAACUUUUAAUGGUAAUAUUUUUGCAAUAAAAUGUUGAAAAUGGAUGUCUGGUCAGAGAAAUUAUCUGAAAAAUAGAAUUAGCGGGUAACACUAAGUCAACAUUUUUUUUUUUUUUACAAUCGGUGCAUUGCCGUAUGAAGUCACGUGCUAAUCUUGUCAAGAGUUUGGGUUUCAAACUAAGAGGGGUGAAGAACUAGUUGAGCAAAUAUGCCUUAUUGUUUUUCCAAUGCAAUUAAGGUGAUUGCAUUUGUGUUUUGUUACUGUUCUUGAGAAUAAAUAUUUAUUAAAAACAU